UAUACAACCCCGUGUGACAAAAGGAAAAUUAUACCUCGAGUCUAAAACAAAACUCCCUCUUCCGUCCAUCGUCAUGUUCUUUAAAAUCUGAAUUUGCGAUCUCUGUUUUCCCCUAACUCUAGGGUUUAUACGUCUAACAAUUUUUUCGUUUUUUUCACCAAUUGAAAGGGGCUUCUCACUUUCACCUUCGAAGAUUCUGUAUUCAUGAAGCAGUUGCGGUGAAUUUUACAGAAUUAUUACUCGAGACGCUUUUUCAGGCUGACCAGAUUCCGGUGAAAAGUCGUUGAACAGCCAUACUCAUUACAUCUUUGGUUUACCCAAGGGAGUAGUGUGCCUUAAGUGAAAGUGAGCAUGGAUUUAAAUGCAUCGCCAGAACCUGAAGAAGAUGAAGAAACUUUUGAACCUAGUUUCAGUGAGGAUAGCGCACCAGAAGAAAUACAUAGCCAUCAUCAUCAUCACGUAGAACAUGCUGAGUCAGCAGUAGCUAUUCUGCGUCGGGAGCGUGAAGAAAGAAAGCGAAGGUUGAAACGAGAACGCCCAAAUGAUAGAUCAACACAUCUGGCCCACCAGUCUAUGAAUGAUCAUCUUUUCCAUACAAAGAUUCAGAGAACUUUCGAUAAGAGUAGGCUUCCUCCAGGAUGGUUGGAUUGCCCAGCAUACGGUCAGGAAAUCGGCUGUAUUGUUCCUUCGAAGGUUCCGCUUGGUGAGUCUUUCAACGACUGUAUUGUUCCUGGUAAACGAUACUCAUUUAGACAAGUCAUUCACCAACAAAGAGUUCUGGGGCGGAAGUUAGGCGUAGUGAUUGAUCUUACAAAUACGACUCGUUACUAUUCUGUGAAUGAUUGGAGGAAAGAAGGCAUCAAGUAUGUAAAGAUCAACUGCAAGGGGCGCGGCUCGGUUCCAGAGAACGAGGCCGUAAAUCAGUUUGUGUAUGAGGUUUCUCAAUUUCUAGAACGACAGAAGAACACUAAGAAGUAUAUUCUUGUUCACUGCACACAUGGGCAUAACCGUACCGGGUAUAUGAUUAUUCAUUUUCUCAUGCGAACAACGCCAAUGUCCGUAACUCAGGCAAUAAGAAUAUUUUCUGAAGCACGCCCGCCUGGAAUAUAUAAACCGGACUAUAUUGAUGCGUUAUACGCCUUCUAUCAUGAAAUAAAGCCUGAUAUGAUCACUUGCCCUUCAACUCCCGAAUGGAAACAGUCUUCCGAGUUUGAUUUGAACGGAGAGGCGUUACCAGAUGAAGAUGAUGAUGGAGUACAAGUGGAUGUGGAUCCUCUCGAUGAGAAUCAUCAUGAUACAGAGGGAGUGAUGACAAAUGAUGAUGUUUUGGGUGAUAGUAUCCCUCAAGAUCAGCAAGAUAGAUUCAGACAGUUCUGUUAUCAAGCAUUAAAAUUAACUGCAGGGGUUAGAGGGAACCAUCAGUUUCCAGGUUCACAUCCAGUUUCUCUUGACAGCGAGAACUUGCAACUUCUUAGGCAGCGUUACUAUUAUGCAACAUGGAAAGCUGAUGGGACAAGAUAUAUGAUGUUAAUUACUAUGGAUGGAUGUUAUUUAAUUGACCGAAAUUUUGUCUUCCGACGUGUCCAAAUGAGAUUCCCCUGGAAACUAAAUAAUGAAGGUUUAGUUGACAAGGUUCACCAUUUCACACUGCUUGAUGGUGAGAUGAUAAUCGAUACUCUGCCAGACACGCGGAAACAAGAAAGACGUUAUCUGAUUUAUGAUUUGAUGGCAAUAAAUCAAAUCUCUAUCGUUGAGAGACCUUUCUAUGAACGAUGGAAGAUGCUCGAGAAGGAAGUGGUUGAGCCUCGAAAUCGUGAACGCCAUAGCAAAAGAAAUUCCUUAUAUUUAUAUGACUUGGAACCAUUCAGGGUAAGGAGGAAGGCGUUCUGGUUGCUUUCUACUGUCACUAAGCUUUUAAAGGAGUUCAUUCCCAUGCUUUCCCAUGAUGCAGAUGGUCUUGUUUUCCAGGGGUGGGAUGAUCCUUAUGUUCCACGUACACAUGAAGGACUUUUGAAGUGGAAGUAUGCAUCAAUGAACUCUGUGGAUUUUCUUUUCGAGAUGGCGGAAGAUCGCCAACUGCUUUUUCUUUUUGAACGAGGGAAGAAGAAGCUCAUGGAAGGCAACAGAAUUGCAUUUGGCGAUGAUAUUGAUCCCGCAUCAUAUUCUGGGAAGAUUGUCGAGUGUGCUUGGAAUCCAGAGGAAGACGUAUGGGUCUGCAUGCGGGUCAGGACAGAUAAAGCUACACCAAAUGAAUUCAACACAUAUAGAAAGGUGAUGCGGAGCAUAAAGGACAACAUCACGGAGGAAGUGUUGUUGGAUGAGAUCGAUGAGAUAAUUCGGUUGCCAAUGUACGCAGACCGAAUCAAUCGUGACAAAAAAGGCCACCACCAUUCAGGGUCAAGACCGAAAUGAGUUUAUGGGAUGAAAUAUAGCAUAGGAUAACCGAGUAUGAUGUGUAAGUAGGAGAGAGCGAGAGAGGGUAUUGUUGUAAAUUUCUGGUGUCUGGUGAGUUUGCAUGAUCCAUCUAUGGACAUCAGCCAUUUUGGUUUUAAGAAGUUUUCAGGUAGCCACAACACAAGGAUUAGUACAUGUAUAUUUUAGUUUCCAUCAUUGAUACUUUUUGGUUUUUGUGUGGUGUUUGACCACCAUCAAUGAACCUUGUGGGGUUUAUGAACAUGGGUCAGGUCAUGAACCUCAACUGUUUGAACC